AUGAGAUCACUUUCAAUUCACUCGCUCGCUUGUUUAUUAACUGUCCCCGCAGUCCUCGCAGUCCCAGUACUUCCAGUACUUGUUGGCCAGCGUACUGCAUCCAACGGUGCCAUUAUGCCUAUCGGUAGUACUCUUUCAACCGUUAUUCGUGGUACUGCUGCUUCAAGUCAAGUGAUUGUCACUGUCACUGAAACUUAUCGUUCUACUUCCAUCGAAGAAGUCCAAGCUACCGUGGAUACCACCGUGUAUGUUACUGAUCAACCUGCAACUUCAUCGUCUUCAACAACAACAACCAAAACUUUUGCUACUGCUAAUGAAAACAAGGUAGUUUCUGAAAAGUCAACAUCAGCAACCUCUGCUGCUCAUACCACCGCCGCGGCCACGGGAACUAACUCAUUGUUUUCCAUCUCUCCAAAACAAUCAUCGAAAAUCGCCUCUAGCGUCACUGCGUCUUUAUCUCCGGCCGAAGCCACUGCAUUAUCCGCUUCGGUUCUCAUGGACGGGUUCGAUAUUGAAUCGGUGAAUGGGGAUCUUAAAGACUUUGUCAAUCCAACUGAGAAAUUCGUCGAUGGUACCAUCAAAUGUUCCAGUUUCCCAGCAGGGCAAGGGGUGAUUAGUAUUCCUUGGAUUGGUUACGGUGGGUGGACUUCGAUCCAACAAUCCACGGAAGGUGGUUCUACUUCUGGGGUGUGUACCGAUGGAUUAUACUGCUCUUAUGCUUGUCAGGCAGGAAUGUCCAAGACUCAAUGGCCAGCAGCCCAACCAGGGGACUUGGAGAGUCGUGGAGGAUUGUUAUGCAAGAAUGGGUAUUUGUACAGAACCAACACCGCCAGCGAUUAUUUGUGCGAAUGGGGGGAAAACCUGAGUUACGCGGUAUCCAAACUCGAUAAAGUCGUUUCUUUGUGUAGAACCGAUUAUCCUGGCUCGGAAAACAUGAACAUUCCAACGAGGUUGAUGCCAAAUUCCAAAAAACCAAUGAGUGUGGUCAUUGAAGCAGGAUAUUACACUUGGAACGGUGGUAAAACUUCUGCCCAAUAUUACGUUAAUGAUGCUGGGGUGGAUGUUGUCGAAGGGUGUGUUUGGGGGAAUGCCAGUAGUACGAUUGGUAAUUGGGCUCCGGUGGUCUUAGGGGCAGGGUAUACCGAAAAUAAGACCUGGUUGAGUAUCAUUCCAAACCCAAAUAAUGAAAAAGCACCAAAUUAUGAUCUUGUGAUUGAAGCAGAAGAUGGCGCAACCAUUUCCGGAGAUUGUUGGUAUAAGAAUGGGGUGUAUAGUGGAGGUCCAGGUAGCAAGAGUGAUGGUUGUACUGCUGCUAUUACUGGUGGUACUGCUAACUUUGUGUUCUCUGCUGUUGGCACUGCAAGUUAG